AUGUCUUUCUCCAUUCCAUCGCAGCAGACUCAGAUCGUCCUUCGCGAGCGUCCUAAAGCCGCGAUCCAGCACACGCUUGGCGCCAACGACUCGACCUACGAGAAGCGCACCAUUCCCGUGCCUAAGGAGUCCGAGCUCAAGGAUGGCGAGGUGCUCGUCCGCGUCGAGUACGUUUCGCUCGACCCCGCCAUGCGCGGCUGGUUGCGCGAUGCACGAUCCUACCUUCCUCCCGUUCAGAUCGGCGAGGUGAUGCGUGCAGGUGGUGUCGGUGUCGUCGUCGCCUCCAAGUUUGCCGGCCUCAACAAGGGUGAUCAGGUUAGCGGUACACUCGGCUGGCAGCAGUACGCCCAGGUGCCCGGCAAGAGCGUAGAGAAGCGCACCAUUCGGGAAGGUAGCAACCUGCUCGACUACCUUGGUCCUCUCGGAUCGAGUGGUCAAACAGCUUAUUGGGGCAUCCUAGACGUCGCUGCGAUCAAGAGCGGCGACGUUGUUGUUGUCACGGGCGCCGCCGGCUCCGUCGGCAGCAUCGUCGUCCAGAUCGCCAAGCUCAAGGGCUGCAAAGUCAUCGCCGUCGCCGGCGCAGACGACAAGUGCGAGUGGCUCAAGUCCUCCCUGGGCGCAGACGAGGCGCUCAACUACAAGUCGCCCGACUUCAAAAAGACCUACCGCGAGAUGGUCACCAAAAAGUACGGCUACAUCGACGCCAUCUUCGAGAACGUCGGCGGUGAGAUCCUCGACAUGUCGCUGCUCUGCAUGAAGCCUCACGCCCGCAUCGCCCUCUGCGGCGCCAUCUCGGACUACAACAACCCCAAACCCGACGGGCUCAAGAACUACCAGACCAUCAUCGCCAUGCGCAUCAAGCUCCAGGGCUUCAUUGUGUUUGACUACGCAAAGAGGUACGCCGAGGCCGAGGAGCAGAUGAGCAGGUGGAUGAACGAGGGCAAGCUCGCCAGGAAGUUCCAUGUGGUGGGCGAGGAGCUGGACGCUAAAGCGAGGGAGCAGGGCAAGAGUCUCGAGUUGGCCCCCAAGGCGCUCGUCGAUCUGUUCGCCGGCAAGAACAGCGGCAAGAUGGUCGUCAAGGUCGCCGCUUGA